AUAAAUAGAUGCCACUCCUGCAGCAGCUGUUCUCUCCUCUGAGGGUCUAAGUUCUACAAGAUCGUCCAUUUAAGCGGCUUUUUAUCGCAGCACACAAUGAGGCUGGUGCCCACACACUUCCACGAACGGUUGACUUUUCAGAUAAUUGCUGCUUUCGCCUCGGAGCCUCUCAUCGUGUCCCACUUCCUCUGUCAAGUUGUCAACGUGGAUGCCAUUCGUGCUGCUGCAGAAAGGGGAGCUUGUGCGUCUGCAAUGAGCACCGAUGACUCUCGACUUAAUCUCCAUGCGACCAUCCUUCUCUGUGAGUCUCGAGCCCGGUUUGGAGCGAGGCGUCCCGUGGGGUCGCGACCUCUUCACCUUUGUGACAUCCGCGGCGGGUCACAUGAUGCGGACCCUUGAAAAGCCCCGCAAGAGCCGCCCAUCCAAACGGCAGGUCAACCACCGCCGCUUCCUGCACAACAUGAUUCAGAGGAAGUUUGCAGACAUAGAAGCAGCAAACCACCGGCUAGCGUCAGCCCUUUAUGUCAAGGAUGGAGAAAAAACCCCAUCCUCUCUUUUACCACACAGCCAAGAGACUCUGGAGUCAGCAGGUCCCACGUCCCGAAGGGAGACACCGCAAGAUCCCGAUCCGUACGCCGUCGAUGUAGAAGCAGAGGACGCCGCAAAGGCGAGGAGCGGAGCGUCUGAGGCGAGGGAGCAGAAGCAGACGGAGGACAAACAUCUCUGGAAACGUCACCAAAGAUCCAGCCGCGCAGCGAAGAAGAACCAUCAAAGCAAGAUGAGACAAGCUAAAGAAAAGAGAAGGAACAAAGUUGUUGAACUCUCUUUGUUGACAGGCCUAAAUGAUAACGACAUUUUCCAAGAGGCGGAGCUCCUUCAGUCUGAAAAUCCCACGUACCAAAGCCUGAUGAAUCCGGUCAGCGACGUCUCUGAAAGCAAUCAAACGCACCCUGACUUCACUGUUUUUGACCAAAACGAGGACGAUUCUCCUCCUUUCUCCCCGGCGCUCUCUCCGUUGUCUCUCGACUCUUGUGAUUUCUCAGCUCAGACACUGACAGACCUCUCCGCCUGCACUCAGGCCCCGGAGACCGUCACCGGUGGUCCUGCUGACAGAGCCGAGCUCUUCGCUGUUGGCAACAAGGACUCAGUGGGCCACAUGGAUGUAGAGUCCUACUUUGAAAGUAUUUGUCCAUGCCGGGUGGAUGCGGGGCUUGAAGCCUGCCCAGAAUAUGACGUUACGCUCGGAGACUUAUCGGACGACUAUACCGGGUUGGGAAACUUUCAUCCAGACGAAGGGGUGUGCAGAUGCAGCUAUGAAUACAGCUGUGAAGAUCGAGGAGGAGGAGCUGCAGGCUACUUCCAAAGUGACCCGAGGAGCUCACAUCUGCUGAGAGAGCGUGAAUACGCCGACCCGAAGCAGUCGUGCCACAGUACAGACACGGCCUCCCAGGAGUACAGCGUCGCAGGGCUGCUGCAGACACACCGGCCUCCCCAGGAGGGGAGCUCCUGCAUGCUGGUAGACAACAUGAACCACACUCCCUUUGAAGGUGUGGCUCAGUCUUUUCCCGUUCCCCCUCCGCCUCCUCAUCAUCAGCAUCGUCCCGUACCAACGCCGCCUCAUGAGGACGACUGGCUGUUUCCUGACAUCCUGAAGGACAGACAGUCCCCUUACUGCUGAAUUCACACCACCAUGGAGAUUUGUUAACUAGACUGCAUGACUGAGUUA